AAGUGCAUGGUUGCUCUUGGCUACUCCUUUCAUGGGGACCCUUCUACUCUCCAAGCGCUCUCCGAUGGCCGAACCGACGAGACCCAAGCUCUUCUCGAUCCUCCUCUUCUUCUGCAUUGCCCGUCUCGCCCACUUGGACCGCUGCGAGUCCACGCGCUUCGUGAACGACCUAGUGGAGGAAGAAGACAGCUCUUGGCUGGACGAGGAAGAUGGAGUGGACAUGGUCCAGACGAGGCGCGAUGCUCGGAAGCAGAGCUGCGACAUGUCGACCGGGCAGUGGGUGUUGGACGCAUCGUACCCUCUCUACGAUUCCAACUGCCCUUACCUCAGCACCGCCGUGACUUGCCAGCGAAAUGGGCGGCCGGAUUCGGACUACCAGAAGUGGAGGUGGAAGCCCCAUGCAUGCUCACUGCCUAGGUUUGAUUCACUGAAAUUUCUGACAAAGAUGAGAAGGAAGAGAAUAAUGCUGGUGGGCGAUUCCAUAAUGAGGAAUCAAUGGGAGUCUCUUGUGUGCUUAGUCCAGGGCGUGAUUCCGGCUGGCCGGAAAACAGUCACGUACAACGGCCCUUCCAUGGCUUUUCAUGCAAUGGAUUUUGAGGCAUCCAUAGAAUUUUCCUGGGCUCCACUGCUGGUGGAGCUGAGCAAAGGGCCUCAAAACAAGAGAAUCUUGCACCUGGACUUGAUUGAAGAGAAUGCCAAGUAUUGGAAAGGAGUUGACGUUCUCGUGUUCGAUUCCGCUCACUGGUGGACUCACUCGGAGAAAUGGAGUUCGUGGGAUUACUACAUGGAGGGAAGAUCCAUGUUCAGGAACUUGAAUCCAAUGGUGGCUUAUGAGAAAGGACUCACUACAUGGGCCAAAUGGGUGGACUUGAACCUGGAUCCUCAGAGAACCAGAGUCAUUUUCAGAAGCAUGUCACCUAGGCACAACAGGGAAAAUGGGUGGAAAUGCUACAACCAGAAGCAACCUCUGGCAUACUUCAGCCACCGGCAUGUCCCUGAGCAGCUAGUCGUACUACAACAAGUGGUGAGGAAGAUGAGAUUCCCUGUGUAUUUGCAGGACAUAACGGCGAUGUCCGCAUUGAGGAGAGAUGGGCAUCCCUCGGUGUACAGAAGAGCGAUGAACCAGCAGCAGAGGCAGAACCCGAGCGGCUUCUCGUCUGAUUGCAGCCACUGGUGCCUCCCGGGUGUGCCUGAUACUUGGAACGAGAUGCUGAAUGCUUUGCUCUAAGCAUUGGAAAUCUAGUGCAAGUGUUUGUAGAAGAACUACUUCUCCGGUUGACGGCGUGUUUCUUUGUGUUUUGUCUAUGUAAAUUUGAAUGUGAUGUUCAUCGUCGAUGGAUUUAUCGUGUUUGUUAUGUGAUUGCUGCUCCGCA